AUGAUCCGUCGUCGUAGCCUGGGAAUGAGUAGGAUGAAUCCUUCAUCGACUCCGGUGAUUCACGAACAGUUUCGGAGUCCUCUAGUGCAACCUUCAUCACCUGAGGAUGGAUCAAAGAGGAAAAGAAAGAAAGUUCUGAGGUUACAAAACCCUUUCAAUAGUGACCGAGAGGAUGUAAUUGAUCCUCAACGUCUGAAAUUGAUUGACAAAAAUGCAAUUAUGGCUCGUGAUUCAGCCGAACAUGAAGCAAUGAUAGCUCGACUGCUAUCGAGGCCGUUUACUAUUCCAAUCCCGGGAUAUACACUGUCUGGUCGUGUAUUGGGUAUGGCCAGAUCUAGAAUUCGUGUGGCUAUGUUUGAUCCUUAUGCUGAAAAUGCAGUUGUACUGUAUGCUCCACCUCCACUAUCAGCACACGAGGAAAUGAACAUGAAAGAGGAAGACAAAUUGGUACAUGUUGUUGUCGAUCCAGUGUUGGGCAACGUUCUUCGACCACAUCAAAGGGAAGGUGUAAAAUUUAUGUAUGACUGUGUCACUGGACGAAAUAUUGAAGGUUAUCAUGGCUGCAUUAUGGCGGACGAAAUGGGUCUGGGCAAAACAUUACAAUGUAUAACACUUUUGUAUACUUUACUUCGUCAAAGUCCACUAGGUAAACCGACGUUUUCCAAGGUUAUCAUCGUCUGUCCAAGUAGUUUAGUGAAGAACUGGGAUAAAGAGAUCAAAAAAUGGUUGGGACAACGAGUUAGUGCUCUACCGAUGGAUUCCGGAAGUAAACAAGAGAUAACAAGCAAACUUAAAGCUUAUAUGGCUGACGGUCGAGUUCGAGCUGCAAGCCCAGUUCUGAUAAUUUCUUACGAAACCUUCAGAUUGUAUGCGAAAAUUCUGCACUCAAGCGCCAUAGGAAUGGUUAUUUGCGAUGAAGGCCACCGUUUAAAGAACAGUGAUAACUUAACGUACCAGGCUCUGAAUGGUUUGCAAUGUGACAGGCGUGUUUUGAUCUCAGGAACACCUAUCCAGAACGAUCUGCUUGAGUAUUACAGCCUAGUCAAUUUCGUAAAUCCUGGUCUUCUUGGAACAGCAAGCGAGUUCAAGAAACGUUUUGAGAAUCCGAUUUUGAGGGGUCGUGACGGCAAUGCUACUGAAGAUGAACAAAAGAAGGGUGAAGAAGCCACAAAGGAGAUGGUUGCACUUGUGGAGAAAUGCAUCAUUCGAAGAACCAGCACAUUGUUGACAAAAUAUUUGCCCGUCAAAUACGAGCAUAUCAUUUGCUGUCGCAAUACGGAACUGCAGGACUCUAUCUACAACAAGCUCAUUGAAACAGAAAAGAGGAACAGAGCAGUGGAGAGAGAUAAGGAAGUUGGUGCUACCGCCUCUGCGCUCUCCUUCAUCACCCAUCUAAAGAAGUUAUGCAACCAUCCGUAUUUGGUUUAUGAGGAGUUACAAAAGGCCGAUAAUCGAUUCCAUAGCUGCCUUGACAUUUUUCCGGAAUCGUUCCAUACGAAAAAGUGUGACCCGUCUACAUCUGGAAAAAUGAAGGUGUUGGACUACAUCCUGGCUGUUACGCGGAAGACAUGCAACGAUAAAUUUGUCCUAGUAUCUAAUUACACCCAAACUAUUGAUCAGUUUGUAGAGCUCUGCAAACUACGCGGAUACGGAUAUGUGCGACUAGAUGGGUCUAUGUCAAUCAAGCAAAGAGCAAAAACCGUGGAGAAAUUCAACGACCCGGAGGGUACCGAAUUUUGUUUCUUACUAUCCUCAAAGGCUGGCGGUUGUGGCCUGAACCUCAUCGGAGCGAAUAGGUUAGUGAUGUUUGAUCCGGACUGGAAUCCAGCCAACGAUGAUCAGGCAAUGGCUCGAGUGUGGCGUGAUGGUCAGAAGAAAAACUGCUUCAUCUACAGAUUACUUGCAACAGGCUCAAUCGAAGAGAAGAUGUUCCAACGACAAACGCACAAGAAAGCAUUGUCAUCUUGUGUGGUUGAUGCCGGCCAAGAUGUUGCCCGUCACUUUAGUUCAGAACAGCUUAAAGAGCUGUUCAAACUUGAGAUUGAAACACCUUCUGAUACUCAUACGAGGUUAAAAUGCAAGCGGUGCAUCAAUGGAAUUGAGAGUUCUGAUCCGCCCGAGACAGCCGACUGCACAUCGGACUUAGCUCUGUGGCAUCAUUCGCAAAGGGAUCCUCGAAAGAUCGCGGACUCAAUCUUACGAUCUGUUUUUAAUUGCGGUGCGAUCUCCUUUGUGUUCCAUCAAAAGUCACACAAAGUGGAAGUUCCGAAAAGGAGGAAGAAAGAAGAAGAUGAUGAAUAUAAGCCCCAUGAAGAUGAAGACGAGGAUGACUAG